AUGUCACAAAAGGAUCUGGAAGAUUAUUGCUUUACCUACAAUGACCCAACUCAUCAUGCAGAUUUUUUGGAAUCCUUUAGAAUGUUUUACAAAGAGGGUCUCUUCACAGACAUCACCUUGCUGAGCUCCUCUGGGAAGGGUUUCCAGUGCCACAAGGCUGCCCUGGCUGCUUGUAGUCACUACUUCAAGGUGAUGUUCACAGCUGACAUGAAGGAAAAGUCCAACAGCCAGAUCAAGAUCUCAGGGAUUGAUGACAACAUUUUAGAGGCACUACUGAACUACACUUACACUUCUCAGAUCAGGAUCACAGCCAAGAAUGUCCAGAGUCUACUACAAGCUGCUGACCAGCUCCACUUUGUUUCUAUCAAGGAAGCCUCUGAGCAGUUCUUGGUGAGACAUUUGGAUGUGGACAACUGUUUGGGCAUGCAUUCCUUUGCAGAAUUUCAUAUCUGCCCAUCUUUAGAGAAGGAAUCCAGAAGAAUCAUUGUGUCUAGAUUCCAAGAGGUUUGGACUCAGGAAGAAUUUUUGGACAUCUCUUUCGAAAAACUCUUGUACAUCCUUUCCCAGAAGAACCUCAAUGUCUGGACAGAGGAAGUACUUUUGCAGCCUUUAGUAAGGUGGAUUGGGCAUGAUUGCAGGAAACGUGUAGAACAUAUAUAUGACCUACUCAAAUGCAUUAAGAUUGACAUUGAUGACAGCUAUCUCAGGUCCUCUUUGGAGUUGCACAAGAAACAUUUACUCACAGAAAACAAGAUACAAUCUUUACUGUAUUAUGCUGUAAGGAGGCAACCACAAGAAGUGUCUAAGCGAUCCACUGCAAGUAUGUUUGUGGUUGGGGGUUAUUAUUGGCAUCCCUUGUCUGAGGUACACUUGUGGGAUCCAGAAAGCAACAACUGGGCUCAAGGGGCAGAUAUGCCAGAUCAUACAAGAGAAAGCUACAGUGCCACCAACCUAGGACCUCACAUUUAUAUUACUGGAGGCUAUAGGACUGAUAAUAUAGAAGCUCUGAACACUGUGUGGAUUUAUAAUACAGAAACAGAUGAAUGGACAGAAGGCUGCCCCAUGAUCAAUGCAAGAUACUAUCACUGCUCUGUCACCCUGGCUGGCUGUGUGUAUGCUUUGGGUGGGUAUAGAAAGGGGGCUCCAGCACAGGAAGCUGAGUUUUAUGAUCCACUAAAAAAGCUUUGGUUCCCUAUUGCCAACAUGUUAAAAGGUGUGGGAAAUGCUACAGCCUGUGUGCUGCGUGAUGUCAUCUAUGUCAGCGGUGGUCACUAUGGUUACAGAGGAAGUUGCACGUAUGAUAAGAUUCAGAGUUUUCACUCGGAUAUCAAUGAAUGGAGGAUCCUAUCAGUUUGUCCCCAUCCAGAGUAUGGAUUGUGUUCAGUGGCACUACAUAACAAGCUGUACCUGGUCGGAGGUCAGACCACGACUACUGACUGCUAUGACCUUGAGCGCAAUGAGUGGGUGGAGCUUGCCCCAACAAUGGAACGGAGAAUGGAAUGCGGAGCCAUUGUCAUGAAUGGAUUUCUUUAUAUCACUGGUGGUUACUCCUGGUCUAAAGGCACCUACUUGCAGAGUAUAGAGAAGUACAAUCCAGAAACUGAUAAAUGGGAACUAGUCGGAAAUCUCCCCAGCCCUAUGCGUUCCCAUGGCUGUGUCUGUGUGUAUAGUGCAUAG